UGGCCUCGUUGAUUACUCUCCGACAGUAGAAUUCGAAGAGAGAGAGAGAGGACUAAUUCAACUAUUUUCAGUGAUUCACGGUCGCACCUGCUUGUAGUUAUAGUGAGAGAAAGAGAGAGAGAGAAAGAGAAGAAUACCAGAACAGAAAACCGCGCAAAAACUAAUGGCGAGUUUUAGGGUUUUGUGAACCUACUGCGAUGGAAAUGCCUGCUAGAAGAUCCAACUACACGCUCCUCAGCCAAAUUCCUGACGACCAGUUCUCCGGCGCCUCCGCACCGUCCUCCUCCGGCGACGGAAAGACAGGCCGCGCCGGCAAGUCGGACCGCGUCUUCGACUGGGACCUCGUCUCCGAUCACAGGGCGGCUCAGCAGGGGGCCAACCGGAUCGGAAACCUGUACUCCUCGAUCGGCCUGCAGAGGCAGUCCAGCGGGAGCAGCUACGGCGAAAGCUCUCUAUCCGGCGGCGGCGACUUCUAUGCUCCGACGCUUUCCACGGCGGCGGCCAGUGACGCUGACGCCUUUGGCUACCUCCACGACGAUAGGAGCAAGUUUUCUGAGGCCCCGGCGAGGAUCGCGGGCUCCUCCGGGAAGAGCUGGGCGCAGCAGACGGAGGAAAGCUACCAGCUGCAGCUCGCGCUCGCGCUGCGUCUCUCGUCGGACGCCACGUGCGCGGAUGAUCCCAAUUUCCUCGAUCCGAUGCCUGACGAUGGGGCCUUGCGGCUCUCGUCAUCGGUGGACGCGGUUUCGCAUAGGUUUUGGGUGAAUGGCUGCCUGUCAUAUUCUGACAAAAUUCCAGAUGGCUUUUACUUAAUUCACGGGAUGGAUUCUUUUGUCUGGACUGUAUGCACUGAUCUGCAUGAAAAUGGCCGAAUUCCUUCAGUUGAUAUGCUGAAGUCUGUGAAUCCCUGCAUUGUUUCUUCACUUGAAGUAGUUUUGGUAGAUCAACGCAGUGACCCCAGCUUAAGAGAUUUGCAAAAUAGAGCUCAUAAUAUUUCUUGUAGCAGCAUAACAACAUCAGAUGUUGUAGAUCAGCUCUCCAAGCUGGUUUGCAACCGUAUGGGGGGAUCAGCUUCUGUUGGGGAAGAUAACCUUGUUUCCAUCUGGAGGGAUUGCAGUAAUGAUCUUAAAGAUUGUUUGGGAUCUGUUGUUAUUCCUAUAGGUAGUCUAUCUGUCGGCCUCUGCAGGCAUCGUGCUAUAUUGUUCAAAGUACUAGCUGAUGCCAUCGAUUUGCCAUGUCGAAUUGCAAAGGGCUGUAAAUAUUGCAAAAGGGAUGAUGCUUCAUCUUGUCUUGUACGAUUUGGGCUGGACAGGGAAUAUCUUGUUGAUUUAAUUGGAAAGCCAGGACACUUAUCUGAGCCUGAUUCCUUGCUCAAUGGUCCAUCUUCCAUCUCAUUUUCUUCACCCUUGCGCUUUCCACGACUUAAACCAGCUGAACCUACCAUUGAUUUCAGGUCACUGGCCAAACAGUAUUUCUCGGACUGUCUGUCUCUUGAGCUCGUCUUUGACAACAGUUCAGCAGAGCAGUUUGAUGGGAAGUACAAAGACAGGAAUAACCCGAGGCCAAUUUCAACAGACAGCAACAGAAGUUCCCACCUUCCUCUCCAUCCCCAAGAUUCUCAUCCCAGCACACGUGAACAGUUUUCUGAAACAUAUGUACCAGGUAAUGCUCCUCAGAACAUUGUAGACUCAACCGUGGGAAAGUAUCCACCGCCAGUAAAGCAUAAGCGUCCUGUUGGUAUGCCAACCCCCUUAGCACUUACAAAUACUAAUGACGACAUGAUUGAGGGCAAGAGGUUUGUUGAAGGAAGUCAACUAAUUCCUAGCAAACCUACUCGAGAGCUUACACUUGACAUGGAGGAUUUGGACAUCCCAUGGAGUGAUCUUGUUUUAAGAGAGAAAAUUGGGUCAGGUUCUUUUGGAACUGUACAUCGUGCUGAGUGGAAUGGCUCGGAUGUUGCUGUGAAAAUUUUGAUGGAACAGGAUUUUCAUGCUGAGCGCUUCCAGGAGUUCCUGAGGGAGGUUACAAUAAUGAAACGUUUGCGGCAUCCGAACAUUGUUUUGUUUAUGGGAGCAGUCACUCAGCCCCCUAACUUAUCAAUUGUCACGGAAUAUUUAUCAAGGGGUAGCUUAUAUAGGCUGUUGCAUAGAUCUGGUGCCAAAGAGGUGUUGGAUGAGAGGCGUAGGCUUAGUAUGGCUUAUGAUGUGGCAAAGGGGAUGAAUUAUCUUCAUAAACGAAACCCCCCCAUCGUUCAUAGAGAUCUGAAAUCUCCAAACCUUCUCGUUGACAAGAAAUAUACAGUGAAGGUAUGUGAUUUCGGGCUUUCCCGUCUGAAGGCCAAUACAUUUCUCUCAUCCAAGUCUGCUGCUGGGACUCCUGAGUGGAUGGCUCCAGAGGUUCUUCGUGAUGAGCCAUCAAAUGAGAAGUCAGAUAUUUACAGCUUUGGUGUAAUCUUAUGGGAGCUUGCAACAUUGCAACAGCCAUGGGUUAAUUUAAAUCCAGCACAGGUUGUGGCAGCUGUUGGUUUUAAGGGAAAAAGGCUUGAGAUCCCACGCGAUGUGAAUCCCCAAGUAGCUGCCCUAAUCGAGGCUUGCUGGGCCAACGAGCCUUGGAAACGACCUUCUUUUGCGAGUAUUAUGGAUUCUUUAAGACCAUUGCUGAAACCUCCUACACCUCAACCUGGUCGUCCGAACAUGUCAUUACUCAGCUGAAUGGUUGGAACACCAAGUUGCUUUUCAUGCACAUAUGACAGGAUUUUAUCGAUCUUGAUGUCUAACAAGAUUACACUAUUUUUAGUUGUCCUAGAGUCAAUUGUAUAUUUCUUUAAUUCAGGUUUAAGAAUACUGAUUUCCGACCCAGAGCAAGGAUACUCCAUCUUUAUUGUUCCGACAAAAUUGUUUGAUUAGGUGAUCAUGUAAUUUUACUGAGAAAUAUUUUAUUUUUCUCCUUCCAUAGUUUUGUAUGUAAAAAAAAAAAAAAUUCCCAUUGUAAUUACAUUCAGUUAAAUGAUAAGCAGCUUUCCCAGCGGUGUUCUA